AAGAAAGACGGCAAUUAAAGUUGGCGUGUCUUUCGACAUUUGAGGAUCGUGUGUAGCAGGUUGGACUUUGGCCCAGUUACGUCCGGUUGUCGUCAAAAUGGAACAUUCGUCUCCGUUGGCCGCUAUGCAGCCUUCACCUGCUCUCUUUGGGCGGUGCUUCAGAUCUGAGGCUCCUACUUCGUACCCAUUGUCAGGGUUUGGCAGUAACCCAUUCAACUUCAAAGACAUCUCAAUGAAGAAGUCUGGUGCCGAUUACUUCAAUAUGGGUCCUCUGCAGGGUUCUUCGCCCGCUGCCAGUUUGGCAGCUGACCUGUCCCAAAACUUUCACAUUGAUCAAAGUCCGCAGUUGGUAACGCCCCGGCGGUCUUUGUUCUCGACCAAUGCGUUGGGUAUGGCCAAUCGACGUGAUAAUGUGUUGACUACGCCUCCCUUGCCCUCGUCGCCCGGUAUCGAUCCUAUGGAAAUGAGCCCGCUGCCGCACAAGGCGGCUUUCAUCAUGACCACCGAGUUCGAGGUCCACUCGCCUUCCCCAUUGAAUACUCCCAUGGACUCUCCUAUUACGUCGGCUGCUCCCAGCCCUUUGCAGGCCUCGCCUAUGGAAGCUCCGACGUAUGCUGCACCUGAAAGACGUCGCCCUCCCUUCCUUCGGCCUAGCCUGGCUAAAAGCAAAGCCGCUUCUUUCCAGCUUGGGAUGAACCGAUCUAGUCAGGAAACCAAAGCACCUGCAUUCCGGUUUAGCACCCAGGGAGCCAAGACGUCUUUGAGCACUUCGACCUCGCUGGAGGAUAUGUUCGGUGACUCACCUCCCCAAGAAAGAUCUGUCUCUCGUAACAGCUCUUCGAGCAACCUGGCUUUGCCCCGGCUUCGCCCAUCAUUCACCCACUCUCGCAGCAGUGGUUCGCCCGCUCCAAACUCUAUUCGCAAACCCUCUCACCCCUUGAUGCGCCCUCGCAAGCAAUGUCGUCGGUCAUUGAGCAUGUUUGAGAACCCAGCGGAUGUUAUUGCCGAUAAAGAGGCUAAGGUAUCAACAAAUGCACCCCUACAGUCCCUCCAGUCCAUCAGUGACAUAGAAGCCGCUCCUCAGCCCCAGCUUCCUCACUUCACACCUGAGGAUCGGGCGGACGGCCUGCCUCGCAUCGCCAAAAACACCCUCUUGGAACUUCUCGAUGGCAAAUUCCGUGGCCAAUUCGACAAUGUAAUGAUUGUCGAUUGUCGCUUCGAAUACGAGUAUGAUGGUGGCCACAUUGAUGGCGCCGUUAAUUUCAAUGAUAAAGAUCGCCUUGCUGGUGAGCUUUUUAAUUCGCCCAAGUCCCGAACCGCUUUGAUCCUUCAUUGCGAGUAUUCUGCCCACCGUGCGCCUAUCAUGGCCAAGUACAUUCGUCACCAUGACCGUGCCGUCAAUGUUGACUCUUAUCCCCAUCUUACCUACCCGGAUAUGUACAUCUUGGAAGGUGGAUACAGCGCUUUCUAUGCUGAGCACAGCGCCCUUUGCUACCCUCAAAACUACGUUGAGAUGAACGCGAAGGAGCAUGAGUUCGCGUGUGAGCGUGGCCUUGGCAAGGUCAAGCAGCGUUCUAAAUUGAACCGCGCUCAGACUUUCGCCUUUGGCCAGCACUCCCCUCAGAUGGAGGAUAGCCCGACUGGUCGCUGCCGCUUCGAUGAAGAGCGCACCAAUCGACUGAUGAGCUCUCCAUUCUCCAUGGCUGACAGUCCCGUCCCAAAUCGUACUCCUGGACGUCGGAUGCUGUCCUACUAAACAAUUUCUCGUUUAUUUGCUUUACGGCGCCCAACGGAUACCAUUGUUUAUUGUUUCUCGGAGCGAGGUGUUUCCUUCGUGGCAUUUUGCUUUUUUUCCUUCUUCCCUGGUGGCCACAAAAAGUUUUUGAACCACUUUUCAUUUUCAGCAUCGGCAUAGCGCAAUGCUCGACUCUGGCAGCCCUGGUUUGCGAUACCGAUUUUGAAGCUGCGCAGAGCGCACAUCCCUUGACUUCGCCUUCUACCCGUCUUCGACAGCUUCCCCUUUGAAUCUUCUCCAGCAUCGCCACGAUAUCCUGCUGGUGAUAUCGUCCUUUCCUUUUUUCCGGCUCACUCUUGACAUUCAGAGUCCUGCACGAUUCAGCGAUUUCCUUUUUCUACCAUUUUCCUUGCUGUCACCGAUAUGAUAUCAGGACAUCUGAUCUUUCUCACCGCAUGGUUGAGACACGCCACUUUUACCCAUGAGCACUACCGACGACGCCUGGGCAACCCAAUUUGAUGACCCACCCUCAGGCGAUGAAACCCUGAGACAACUUUUUCCUAUGUCCUGUCUUACGACCAAUCGAACCGACUUGAAUUGCUUACGAAGCCCAAAGGGCCAUGUCUUUCCGUCGGGACCUUUCCUUAUGCUCUCUGAUCGUCCACAGACGCUUCAUCCAACUCGCCACUACUUUGGCAUUUCCUUCUCUCCAUCUAAUCUCUUUUCACGAAUACUGCCCUUUAAUGCACUUUUCACCCUUCUUUGUACAGUUUUCAAACCAAUCUCCUGGAACAGACCUCCAUUCCCUUGAAUUGCAUAUUCAUUGCGAUGCGACUUAUUUUUGAGCGCUUUUUUGCAUGCAUUGCAUUGUACCUUUGCCCCUUCUGCUAAUAUCGUCCCCCCCUUCCCCUUUGCCUGUC